GAAUGGAUUAUUUUUUCUUGCAUGUAUUUUGUAUGUUUUGUACACUGUGACAUUGCUGCUUUUACUUCAGUAAAUCUCUUCCAUCACUGAUUCUGCAUCAGGCACAAUGUGUUCAGACAGCAGACUGAAAAAAUACUCUAAACAAGAGGGUGGGCAGAAAGACUAAAGUCCACAGUUUUUACUACACAGUAAACGCCCCUCUGGCUUGUGCAACAUCUGAACAUCUGGACCGGACUGUCCAAUCAAAUACAGCGGUAAAAGUCAACCAGACCAAUCAAAAGUGAGAAGCUGGCUUUUAACACGUCGCCUUCGCUGGGAGGACCAAUUUAGUGAAGUUUGAAAGGAAACCCUGAAGCGGACUGAGCCACUUUUAACUCAUCUUCGUGCCUUCUGGAGUCCUGUCAUAAAUCAAAAGUGUCUUGUGAAAACAUGGCAGCGGCUGGGAUUCAGGGGAUGCCGAAAUGGGAGAGAAGAGUGCGCAUUUUCUUAUGCGUUUUUGGUUUGGUUUUGUCUGUUUAUGCGCUUCACGUCGAGCUGUCCCGAGAGAGAAACCCAGAUUACAGGGCGAUGUGCGACCUCGGGGAGUCUGUGAGCUGCUCCAAAGUUUUUACCUCCAGAUGGGGACGUGGUUUUGGUUUGGUCCAGUUCUUUGUGGCCAAAGAUAGCCCUCUGAACCAGCCCAACAGCGUGCUUGGCAUCAUAUUUUACACUCUGCAGAUGGGCCUUGGACUGUCAUUGUCCAAGAAAGCAGCAUUGUUUUUGGUCUUCUCCUCAUGGGUGUCAGUGGCCGGUUCGAUCUAUCUUGCGUCUAUUCUCACCUUUGUUCUGGGGGAUUUCUGCAUGGUCUGCGUGUCAACAUAUAUUAUCAAUUUUGCUUUGCUCUUCACCAACCUCAAACGAAGGAGAGCGAUUGAAGGAAUGAAGGAAAAGGCUGGAUAGACUGUGCUAGUGACAUUCAACUCCUCCUUUUUUCUGCUGAGCUGAAGCCACACUGGAUCUGAAAAAAAGCUAAUUCUCUCCCACAGUAUUUUUUUCAGAGAAACAGCACUGGAUGUGCAUCUCAGAAGAUUUGUAAGAUUAUUUUCAGAACAGAAACUCGAUAAAGCAGCAGUCAUUUUUGUAUAUCACUGUGCAUUUGUGAUGCUAAUUACACAUUUUUGAAUACUU